AAUCAUCAUAAGCAGCCUAUAACGUACCCCGCAUAUACUCGAAUGACAUCCUACUUCCUACCACAAAAACACUUUAGACAAGAUGACAGAACCAACAUAUAGAAGGAGGAACAGGAUCCUAUGUCUACAUGGACCAACACAAUCAGCCGCCUCAUUUCGAGCAGCGCUCAAACCGAUUUGUGAUCGAAUGGAUAGGAAUUGGGAAUUUCAUUUCUUAGACGCUCCUUUCAUCAUUCAAGAUCCCGAUUCCACACCUUCGCAACGACAGGACACAGACACAUGGACAGAGGCUGCUAUACUGACAAGUCAGGCUGCUGCCAUUGAUGCAGAAUUAGACAACGCGAAAGAUAACAAGCAAAGAGACAAUCUGCAACAGAUCCGCAGUGAAUCAUGGCAAACCCUCAACAAAAGCAAAGAAGGUCAACUUGUUUGGGAAGCACAUCAGAAUGGAGGUGCAGAUGCAGUAGAAUCCUUGAUCAGCAGUAAAGUAGCACAAAGUAUGUGCAGGGAUUGGAUUGUAAAGCUACCAAACGCACAAACCGUUGGCGUUGAUGUAGGUUUGGAUUUGAUUGGUGAUUAUAUGCGUGAACAAGGUACAUUUCAUGGAGUGAUUGGAUUUGAUUCCGGUAGUACACUCGCUAUACUCGUUCAAGCCUUGCUAUCACAUCCACGUUCUUCCACACAAGCAUUUCCUACCUUUUUUGCUCAAUUACCCAAGGGAAUCUCACGUAUGCCACGAAUGGGAGGAUGGGAAGAACAGCCACCAGCACCGGAUGAUAGCCGAUUAGGAUCAGAGAAUUUGACAAAAGAUUAUGUACCAGCUCAAAAGCCAUUCGAAGCAAUCAUCGCAUAUCACCCCGACGCAGAAAUAUUAGGGGAACGAGUUAGAUCCUGGCUCACCACAAAGCAGCCCAUUCUCAAAAUCAACACAAGCGCCGACUCCUUCAUCAAUCAUAGCCUCGCAAUCGAACAUCCUAGCAAACUUAAUCCCUAUGCCCAAGAAUUAGAACAGAACGUCGUAUACGAUCAAGACACGUAUGUCUUCGACAAGGACUGGACGACCCAUCUGACCGAAUUUCUCAUACUGGCAAUAGAAAGCGGACAAGGUGAUCAAUCUGCCAGGAAAAGAAUCACAGAAUCCCUAAGCAUACCCUCCUCCAAGUCGUACAGACAAGCCUCCAAGCUCUGAGUGACUACACUGUACCCUCAUAGAUUUUGUAUUAUCAUUCGAUGCAAUUUGAGCGCUUCUAGAAAUUUAUUCAUUUCAUCAUGCAAAUAUCAACCG